UUCAAUAAUCAAGAAUUCAAUAAUCAAGAAUUCAAUAAUCAAGAAUUCAAUAAUCAAGAAUUCAAUAAUCAAGAAUUUAACAAUCAACAGUUUGGUAAUCAGCAGUUUGGCAAUCAAGAGUUUGGUAAUCAACAAAAUGAUAAUAGAGCUGAUUAUUUAAACAGAUGA